GUCAUAGCUCACUAAUUCCAGCAGCCCAUUGGACAGCCAGCGACCUCCCAUGGUCGUGUAAAGUGUUCGCGUCUUUUCGCGCCGUGUUCAGUGCCACGCUCACUUUACACGCUCCGCCAGGUCAGACCCGCCCCAGGCCUUCCUCCUCUCCCCGCCACUCUCCGUGUAUAUUAGCAUUCUCCAUUGGCAAUUGUGUGUUCCCUUAGCUUUCCUGUCAGAUUCCCACUCAUGAAAGAUACUUGAUCCCAUUCUUUCAAUCAAAAGGCGGGUGCUCUCUGGACUUGACGCACGUGGUGAUAUAAUAGGUACAGUCUGGGCUUGGACGUUGUAUGAAAGAGGCAGAGAGAGAGAGAGAGAAGGGAGAAGAGAGAGCGAGGACGGGUACAAUAGGAAAUACUAUUGCACCAGCAUCAUGAAUUCGCCAAUAUCUAACGAGAACUCACGCCUCCUUUCACCGCCAAGGCAGAGAAGCGGCAAAGAGCGAAAAGACCCGUCGAUUACACCUAGGAAGUUCAAGCGGUUCUUUACACCUCGAUCAAGAGUCCCUUCUCAACUCAGUCCAGCACGCAAGGCACUACGGGACCUCGGAGCAUCCAACAUCAAUCAGCGGUAUCAGACCCCGGCUCCGUCGAGCCCACUAAAGCCUCUCUUCGAAGAAGAGCCCCAGGACGAGGACCCGGAGCUUCCACCUAGUAGAUUGUCGAAACGGCGGAAGAUACAACAUACCCCUGAAUCAUCACCAAUUCGACCUUCACCUAUCAUCAAAGUUUCCCAUAGCUUCGAAGCUGGCCUUCUCAGCCCCAUCCGGUCCCUUAGUUCCAGCCAGGAAAUCUGCGAGUCAGAGGACGAAUACAGUGAUGAAGAUAUCCCGACACCAACAUACCCACCGAGGCGGCUGCGUCCUCUAGUUAACCGUGGUGUAGCUGGUCAGCUUGCACAGCGAGAACUUGGAGGUCUCCCCCGGGCCGGACAUGCAUAUAUGUCCUAUCCCGCUGCCGACUGGAGAAUUGAUACCGCCAAUUUCUAUAGCCGCCCAGACGAUUUUCAUACUUGCACUAGCCACGAAGGACCUGGACAAUGCAUUCCUUUCUGUACUGCUACGUGUCACCGAAGCGGUAUUAUUGCGAUUGGAGACGAAGAAGGCCGCGUACGGUUGCUCGAUUCGUCGAGCAAUUCUUCCGAACCUUUCAGCAACAUUCACUUGUCGUUUACGGCACAUACUAAUGCCGUUAUCGACCUCGACUUCUCGGACGAUGAUUUGUUGCUCGCUACCGCAUCUGGAGAUCAGACUGGUCAGGUCAUUGAUAUGAUGACGCAAUCACCAGUUGCUUACCUCGGACAGCACACAGCUUCCCUCAAGCAGAUACGUUUUCAACCUGGUCAAUCGAACAGCAGCGUCUUAGCUACAUCUUCCCGUGACGGUAGUGUCCAGAUAUGGGACUUGCGAUGCAGUCGCCCCGUGCAGGACUUUCAAACUUCGGAAGCCCGGAAUACAAAUCUAUCUUUCCGUGCACCUCCACCAAAACGUGGUUGUGCCAUCAACAGCUUUUAUCAUGCACAUGCACGUACGUCACGGCAGCUUCGGCAAUCUCCAUCGAUAGGUCCAGGUGAUACGCCUUCGCGUCGCGAGAUACAAAGCCGCUCGAAUGACGUAUCAGUAACCACACUACAAUUUCUACCUGCAGGACAAGAGCACCUCUUAUUGACUGCAUGUGAGGCGGAUGCGUCUAUCAAGUUGUGGGAUAUCCGAUCUAUUCACUCAUCACGCCAUAAAGUGCCCUCUCCUCUAUCUGUGACGGCCCCUCCAGAGUCGCAUAACCACUGGCGCCCAUUUGGUAUAUCCUCCCUCGCACUUGGUACAGAUGCCUCUAGACUCUAUGCAUUAUGUAAAGAUAACACUGUAUAUGCAUACUCAACAGCCCAUCUCAUUUUGGGCCAUGCACCGGAACUCUCGUGUCGGAACGGGGAGCCGCCUAGGCGGAGACACAAUGCCGUCACACAGCAGGGUCUAGGCCCAUUAUAUGGGUUCCGACAUCCUUCGUUCCUUGCAUCUAGCUUUUAUAUCAAAUGUGCGGUCCGGCCCGCACAGGAUGGCAGAAGCGAGCUUCUCGCGGUUGGAAGCAACGAUAGCUGUGCAGUUUUGUUUCCAACCCAGGAGCGAUAUUUCCAGAGCGAGCUCUCAGACAUGAUGAGCAAUCUAAGUCUCGACUCAUCAACAAUUGGCAUAACGGCGGGUCCCACGUCCUCUACAAGCUCCAAGAGAUCAGUAGACGGCGUUCGCAGACCCCUGUUCCGCACAAAUAGCUCGACCAAUCUCUCUGCGCGCCUAAAGGACACUAUCCCCAUCAUCCGCAUGGGCACCCCAUUGGUGCGUGGACAUGAACGUGAAGUCGGCUCCGUCGCGUGGACGAAUGAGGGCAAACUUAUCACCGUGGGCGACGACUACCAUAUAAGGUGCUGGAGCGAGGACCGCGAGCAAGCAGCGGACCUGCGCACCGGUGGCGAAACUGGUGGCAGGCGCUGGGCUUGCGGCUGGGCGGAGACUGGUGCUGAUUGGGACAUUGACGACGACGAGGAAGAUUGAAAUUGCUUCCCCGCAAAGUAUCAAGAAAACUUGAAAUUCGGCGUGGAAUCGGUAAAUGGUCAGGCGUUCUCGGGGAUCAAACUAACUGCCCUUUCGAGUAAUUGUUGGUUUUAAAAGCAAGCAUUGCAUUGCAUUGCAUAGGCGUAUAGUAGGUAGCGAGUCUGCGUUUUGCUCUUGUCGGUUGAUUGGUUGGUUUUGUCUAGGUAUUCCCCUGGUGUCUGUCCAUUGGCUUGUUUAAACCCCCUGUCUUUGUAUCGGCCGGGAUUUCCCUCUGUGGGUAUAUGGAAGAUCGCAUAUGAGGAUCUAUAGAAGAGAGAUGACGGUGUACGGGAUAGAAGGCCGGCGAAGAGAGUUUCGACGAGGUCUAUGUAGUGGCACUAUACCCCCCCAAUGAAAGUUGUGAAUUAAACUUAAUUGCUUGGGAUCACACAUCUUGUACACUGACUACCUAGUUUUGAUAUCUCCAUGCAUUUUUUAAUACGUUGUCAAGUUGCGUCGAGUCUUAAUUCUCAUAUUUAGGUUUCAAUGGACGUUAUA